CCCUUUAAAACAGUAUCUUAUUUACUGUAUACAUAAAAAAAUAUAUAUAUUUUUAACUUUGUCUUCUUCGUAAGUUUGUAAACAAAAUAGGUCUUCAAGAACAAACAUUUUUUUUAAAUUUUCGCCCCAUAAAUUGAAGUACCUGACUAUUCCGAAAAAUAGUCACCUGAUGCUUGUUAGGUAAAGUUAAACAAUACCAGGAAAAUGAGAAUACCAUGGCCGAAACCAUCAAUCUGUUCCUUCUGGUGAGAUUUUAGGGAGAAAUAUGGAUUUCUGAACCGGUGAUGAAGCUUCGUCCUCCUACGAAGUAAGCAGCUUUUCCCUCAUUUUGUGCUAUCUUGAUCAUUGGCCACAACUUGUUCCUUCUUUCUAUGUCCCCCGGGCUGAGAUGCUCGGCGAAACGCAUAACCAUGGCUCGGAAGGAAGGCGUUCUUCCUAGCAGCUUUUCAGACUGCAUCCCUGUAGAAUCUGACAGUGAAGAGGAUGACCCCUUGGUCUUGAAUCGUUUUGCUGUCGCUUCUUGCCGAGGCGAUGCACAACGUCGAUGGUAUCACCAACUUUUGUUCUUCUCUGCAGGUAUAACUUCUUGGCAGAUGGGGAUAGCCUCUCCUCGUACACCAUCCACCUCUGGCACGCCGUAGAGUCUCAGGUUCCAUCUUGUGUAUUGUUCCAGAUCAGUGAGACAUCUAUAGUAGACAUUGUUAUUAUUUUCCACGUUUUUUAAAAACUUUUGCCACUCUCAUUUUCACAUCCUUUCACCACAUGCAAACAGGAAAGUUGUUAUAUCUUGAAUAACUAAAAAUAGUAAUGACUGUAAACUUGUUUUUUCCCACAAUCUUUCCGAAGUUUAGUGCGGAGCUCGGUAAAAAAAGCGUCUGUUCAAGCCGCCAUGUUGACCUCCUUCAUAACGCUACAAACUCCGCCGUCACCCUCUUUCUUGCCCUGCCAUGCCUACUGAUGGCGGUAGCGGUUUUUUCCACCAGCUACUUGAUUUACGGGGAGAACCCAACAUGUCAGCCUCCAUGUCCAGAUUAUGUUCAGAAUUGUAAUGAAAAGAAUUCUAGACAAUUGGAAGUCCUACAGACACAGAUUCGUUCCGUGGAUUGCAUUGAAUCUUCGUAAAAAUGAGAGAACUAUUCGCCAGGUCACAGAGCGCUCAAAAGACAGGCUGGUCUCGGAUGAGGUGGUGUCAGAAACACUACUACGCCUUUUUAGGGCACUGCUCAGAAAUGACGUUGCACACCAGGGAGAGGUGUUACGUCUGCUUCCCGCCUCGACUCAAACCCGCUACCUCAGCCCAGAGACCACUGAGGGACCAGACAAAGGAGAACCAAAAGGAGAGCAUAGGCCCAUCGAGACGAUGUUACUCACGGUUGGGUUCUGUAUUGAGCGAAAGCCUAGUUCCUUGCCGUUCGCUGGAACAGGAGUCUUUGUUACCAGGGGCUUUGUGCAUAAAGGAACUACAGUGGCCAUGUACCCAGGUACCAUCUAUCAGGCAUAUGAGCCCAUUCUCUUCCAGUCCAUUCGGAACCCUUUUGUAUUCAGAUGCAUAGAUCAUGUUUUGAUUGACGGCAAUGACAAAGGCAUCUCUAAAAUAGUGUACAGGUCGUGCAGUGGAAGAGACAGGCUUGGUCCUUUCAGUUUGAGUGACAUCACUUGGUUGACAGCCAAUACAAAAAACCCGCUAGCAGUGGGUCAAUAUGUGAACAACUGCUCAAAUGAGAGGGCUGCAAAUGUGUGCUAUCAGGAGUAUGAUGUGCCUGAAGCGUUUCCUCUAGAACUUCGCCAGUACCUUCCCAAUGUGGACUACAGACAUGACACGCAAAGGCCUUUACGAUGUGUAGUCCUUGUAGCAUUAAGAGACAUCUGUCCAGGGGAGGAACUCUUUUCUAACUACUUCACUAUCGUGCAUUAGGUCACAUUUUAAAACCGGUACUACUCGAACUUGUUCAAGAAGAAACACUUGGCUACAGUGUGCCUUAGUGCACACAACCCAGGUCUAAGAUUUUUGAACACGUAAGAUUAUGAAAAGUACUUAUUCAACUAGUCAAGUGAAAGCCCCUCUGAAGAACUGUGGCCAGAUGAUUCUGUGUAGCCUAUGAGGGAAGGACAAUGAAAGAGACUGAAGCAAGAAUGGAGAACAUGAAACUGAGAAGACCAUAUUCAUAAGAACAUUUUCCUUUAUUUCUGCAUCUGUACACAUGAUUUGUCUGGAACAAAAUAUAAAAUAUUCAACGAAAGAGUAUGUACAGUUUUAUGAACAAUAAACUUUACUUUUGAAUGAUGA